GUGCAUGCAGUGGGUGUUUGUCGUGUAACAAAAGAAGAAAUUGAACCUGUUAUUGUAUUUAAAGAGUCUUCUUGGGAUACAGUUAUUGAAUGUUGAUUUCUGAUGUCUUAGUGAGCAGAUUUUGCUAAUUUACUACACUGACGGUCCAAAAGUGGACAUCUACUGUUCGGGUUUCCUGCAAGCAGAAGUGUGGAUUGAACGUUUUUUAGAUUAAUGUAUUUUUCACUUUUACGCUAACCGAAAAGCAGUAAAUACGCGCAGCGUGCCAUUGUGUGAAAGUCAUGGCGUCCACAAGACCACCAGUUUGUCUCCAGAGGGAAUGGGCCUAUGAAUCGCACAAGCAACCGAUGCAAACUACCGGAGAGUUCGUCAUAUUGACUUACAACAUUCUCAAUCAAGAUCUUUGUCAGGAAACCAAGGAAUUUGGUCAAGACGAUGUGACGAAUGGUGAGCGCCAUGAACUCCUAAUGCAGGAGAUAGACAAUCAUAAUGACGCUGAUGUAGUCUGCAUGCAAGAGGUGAGUUGUAAGUACUAUGGUCAGACACUUUUACCAGCGAUGAAGCAUCGAGGCUACAUUGGUGAUUACAUUCAGCGGCCUAAUGACCGGGCUUCUCACGAUACAAGACCAUGGACCGAUGGUUCGGCAACAUUUCACAAACAGCAACGUUUUCAGUUGAUUAAAAAAAGGAACGGCAAUUUCAGAGACGUUUUUCAGGAAAAUGCGCGAAAUGGAGUUACAGAUGACAAGGAAACAAUGUUGAGCCUUACCGACAGUAGACGCUCAUUUCUAUUUACUUUGUUCCGAUGUCACAAAACCAAGCGUCUCCUCGCCGUUGGUAAUGUUCACCUCAGCUUCGACUUUUUUAAAAGAAUGGAUUUGAUUUCAUUAGAGGUAUCGUUUGCCAUCAACGAACUCAUCAAAUUUUCUGGUGGCUUAGAAACACCGCAUAUCCUGUGUGGCGAUUUCAACCAGGAACCACAUCAUCCCGGGUACCAGCUGCUUCAUGAUAGGUGUUUCAAUCAUUCCAUGACUAAAUACGUACGAAGUUUUGAUCAGAGUGAUAAAGAAACUAACAAGACUGUGUCUUUGAUGGAUAUAUUCAACGAUCAUUUCACACACCCAUCGGCAAGUCUCAGGAGUGCAUACGAAGCAAUACUGGGUCACGAGUUGCCCUUCUCCUGCUAUGAAGACUCCUCUGAUUUGUACCAGACUCCUAAGAGAGAUCGUCCCAGUGAUGCUGUUAAGAUGAUGUUUGAUGCAAUCCCUAGUCACCCUAAGGUUUAUCGAAACGAUCCUGAAACGUACGGAUCUGCGAAGUACAUUGCGACUCUUGACUACAUUUGGUUUAGCUCAGACGUAUUGCAGUGUAAUGGUGUGCUGAAGAUGGUUGAUGAACACUUGAUCACUCCGUUUGCUACUUGUCCCAACCCGAGCUUUCCAUCAGAUCACCUCCUACUCAAAGCAAGAUUUGAUUUUCUCACACCACCAUAAACCAACUCAUCAGACACACAUGUGUACACCAUUGAACAAGUUUGGUUUUUUGUUCUAUCAGUUUGCCGCCGUUAACUCCCGUAAACCUCUGUACAUCACCGUUACGUCUCACUGUGUUGAUUGAAGUGAUUUCCCCGGUAACAAUUUGUAAGUGUGAACUUAGUAUGGUCUAUAACUGUUAUAAUUGAACAUUAUCAAUGUGGUGCAACGAAUUUGUUCUAGCCUUUACUAAUUGUUUUCUUUUAUCUUUCCGGUAACCUUGCAUUUUCUUUAAUCGUUCCAAAAACCUCUAAUUGCUUGUUUUCUUUUAAUACCCCUCUUGGAUUCUUGAUUUCUUGGGUCAAUUAUGUAUUUAUAUAUUAUUUAUCUCUUGAUUAUUUGUUAUUUUAGUUCACCUUCGAGUCCUCGCUGAGUUAUAAAAUAAAAUACCGGGUUGAUUGACACAAUAUUUGUCUACCGACUGUCCAUUGUUUGCAUCGUAUACCGACUGUCCAUUGUUUGCAUCGUAUACCGACUGUCCAUUGUUUGCAUCGUAUACCGACUGUCCAUUGUUUGCAUCGUAUACCGACUGUCCAUUGUUUGCAUCGUAUACCGACUGUCCAUUGUUUGCAUCGUAUACCGUGGCAUAAUUCUUUAAGUGAAUUCAAAUAAAACCGUUAAUUUUCCUGUCAUUUAUUUCUGAUAUAUGUAUUGAACAUCAAUAAAAAUGUGUUUUGUUUAUCAAAUAAAUGCUGUCGCUCAGGAAGAGACUGCAUCGUAUUCGAAAAGGAUGAAUUUAUUAAGUAUUAACAAUUGUAUAACACAGUUGUAUACGUUUAUCAAUAAGUGGUGUUAAUUAAAAUGUGAUAUACAUAACAUCCUGCAUAUAACGAGUGAGCAAAAUUAGACCAACGGAUGCAACUUUUCUUGUACUAUCGUGACUAAUAAUAACAGGCGUAUAAUUGCAUUAACAACAUAGAUUAGGGAUAAAGGGGUAGCGACAGGGUCGUGGCCGUGGGAUAGAGCCCCGAGCCGAAGGCGAGGGCAACAGUGCAUGAAGGAACUUUUGACAGCAAAGUCACUAUCUCCUAUGCUAUUUAAUACAAUGGGACUAGUUCCAAAAGAGGUCUCUGGUAAGUUUGAAAUCUUCAAUACAACAUUAUUAGAGGCACUGGACGCUUUUGGUAGUUACUCCAAAUAAUUGUUAGCAUAGAAACUUACUAGGUAACGGGCAAUGGAG